UUCAGUGCAAUGAGUAUUUUUACAGUCUGGUAUUCUACUUGUACUCAAGCAAAUGAACUGAAUACUUCCUUCACCACUGACCAUUUGCUUUAAAAAUACUAUUUUUAAAGCAAUAACUGCAUUUAAUAUCCUUUCAGUGUGUAGUAUUUGCAUAACACUGAGUGUAGCUGACUCUGUUCCUUUCACAUUAUUAUUAUAAGAAGAAGGGGCGGUUCCCUUCUGUCAUCUGGGGCGGACCUCUUUUUUACACAGGGAGAAAAAAAACAACCCCUCUCUCUCUAGUCAGCAAUCAUGUCUGAGUGAGUGAGUGUAAUGCAAAGAAGAGGGGAUACAUACAAGCCAUCAUCAACACACAGUCCGUCCUGUAGCAACACGAGGUUAACGGAGAGUUGUCAAGAUACCGCCGAUCACAACGGAUAGAACGUUUGCUGGCGGGAGUUUACCGCUGAGGCGUCGGAUGGACGAUGAGGAGGAGGACAUGUCACGGCCCAUCUCGCACGUCUGGGGAACGCCUUUUAGGGACGUCAAAUACGAAGACCGCGCCACACAGAUCGUGGCCGGACAGGCCCUCGCUGCCGUCACCGCCGCAGUGCCCACGUCGCACAACAGCCACAACAACAACAGCAUCUGCGUCAACACGCUGCCCUGCAGUUUGCACUGGCAGCCUCGCAUACCCUUUCACGGCAACGCUGGAUUACGCUCACAUUUUCCCGCUCAGUUUGAGCCCAUGGAGGACCGGGGAGAGAGGCAGAUUGAAGAGGAGGAGGAGGAAGAGGGCAGAGGGGAGGAAGAUGACAGGAUGGCAGAGAGGCCUGAGGAGCAGGCAGGGGUGAGCGUCGAGGCGCAAAUCGGUCGGAAACUUCGGGAGAUCGGAGACAAGUUCCAUCAGGAUCACGUUGAACUGUUCCAGAGGCAUCAGAGACAAAACCUGCCUGCCUGGAUGCGCCUUACGAUGGCCCUGUUUGGCUUUCUGUUUCCCAGAGAGGCUCUGUUCCCCCGCCUGAGAGGAGCAGAGCAGAGAUGAAGAGGGCUUCCUGCUCGCCUUUCCCCUCAGCCCCUUGUUCCCCCGCCCCGACAGGGUCAAGGGACCAGACUUUUUAAGAGAUGGCACUGUAAGAUGGAACACGGGUUUGGAAUUUUUUGUUUUAUAGUUGAAGAUGAGAUGAAGAAAACACUGGUCACCGCUGGACGGAGACUCGAUUACAAUUUUUUCUUAAUUUUUUUGGUUGUUUUUUUCGCCUCUCCGAGAAGAAGCCAUUGCGUUUGAAGAGAUAUUUUCGAAAUAUUUGUAAGAUUACCUAUUUUGUACAGUACUCUUUUUAUUUGGUAUUUCAAGUCUUGAAGGACCUCCAUCAGUCCAGGGAAUGCCUUAUUCUCUCCUGCCACAGUACUUUUGCAUCAAGGAAAUCAUAAAAAAAAGAGAUUAAUUUUUACGAUUAGGCCGCUUUUUUUUGGCGACAAACUGUGGACGUGGACAUUUCUGUGCUGAAGUUACUGAAAAACCUUGAGGACUCGAGGCACAUUUCUAAUUUAUUCUCACACAAACAAUAAGCCCUGUACUUAUCCUUUACUGUUCCACACUGGCUAAUUUGAAAAAUGGUUGUCCGUGACGUCGUUUUACGACGUUUCGUGACGUUUUACCAGCUUCCACUGUAGACGUAGGGACGUUAUAUCAGCCUGUCUCAUCCAUCAGCCUCUCCAUCUCCAGUACCACUCAUGUUUAAGACCCACUGUAGAUUCAGAUCCUGUUGAUUUAAAAGGAGAAAUACUUGAAUGUAGGUGUACUGAAGAUAUUUGACUUCAAUACCUGACAUAAUUACUCUUUGAAUUUGUGAUCAUGCGUAUGUAGGAGUGUGUGCUUACUGUUUCCAAAAUCUGCAGUCAUUUUGAAACCAAAUAAGCACAAACAAAAUCUCCUUUGUGGGAUCACGAUCAGGGAACUGGAAAAACAAUCACACAGCUGAAAGUCUUUGGAUCAAUUUCAUCAUGUUCUAAAGCUUUUCACUGUUUGCUUUCACUGGCUGGAUUGACAAUCGCAAUUUUGCCCUGUGCUGCAUCGUGUGGGAGAGAUGACAUUUAUCAGCGUUUUUGAUGGGCGAGCAAUAUUCGAGCCAGUGGAAGGAAGUAAAAUCUUAGGGAUCUGUUGCAUUUGCAAUCAUCCAUAGAAGGACGUUUCCCAAAAAUAUGUCCUCAAUGAUAUACACCUCUUUGUUACAGAAACAUUUUUAGGUUAAAGUUACAGAGAUGCAUUUUUAUUUUAUUUCACUCCAGGUGUAAAUGUCUCGAGCACUGAUUCAAUCCCGACGUGCUGAUACGUGUACGUAUCAACCUAUUCAUUCAAGUGCUUUUUUCACCAAACUGCCAGUGGUAUAUUCAGCUUCUGUACAGUUCAAAAAAACACAUUUUUACUGACACACGGACACAUUUGGGUACAGGAGAAGUUUUAUACACCCUUUACGUGACACCUGCUACGUUAGCAUUUUGCAACGACACAGCCACUGUUUCUCAACGUAAGGUUUAUCAAGGAAGAAGUCUUUAAAGACUUUAAAUAAGAUGUUAAAAAUUCCUCAUUUGAUGUAUUAUUUCAGUCUGUUGUAGAUUCAUGAUAUGAACUUUUGAAGACACUGAUGGGUUAUUUUUUUUCCUACUUUAUGUUUUCUUCAGGGAGUAGUUAAGAGCCAUGUUAAUUACCUGACGCUUAUUAUAUUUGAAAAUGAAUUUGCCUUUGCAGCGUAGACGACGCUGCACAAGCAAAGACGUUUUAUUUUAUGUUUUUCAAACUCAACAUCAACAAGUGAGUUACAGAUAGUUUUUUUCUGUAACGACAAACGCUGAACCAAAAGUUUGUUUCCUGCAAACACUGAACGCUGAGCCAUUUCAGAUAGACGUGACGCACUCUCUGGUCUCCAGUCCAAAGCUUCGCCCUCCGUCACCGAAAACCUUUAACUACUCCCUGUCCUUAUCGAGAACAAGUUUCAUUUUUGUUUUUUGCUUUCUUUCAGAUAAUUUAUUCUAAUUUAUUUUGUGUAUAUUUGCUCAGUGCUACUGUAUAGAUGCUAUCUCAGUGUGUACAGUCCUUUUUUCUUCUCGUUUGCCGAUGCGCAUUCAGUUGUGUGUUUGAUGCCUGUGUGUGGGGAGGUUGGACUAAAGCCAUGUGCCUCGUGUGCGUUCCUCACACAAACUGAUGUGAGUCUUUUACAAAUCACGUGAACAACAGACAAUCAAAUGUACAAAAUGUGCCUUGUGAGUAACAGACCUGCCACAUCAUCAUCAUCAACAUUUGGCAUGAUUACCCAAAAGUCACUGGUCACUGCUCUCGUUUCGCUCGGGCUCCGCGAGAGAACAACAUGCUCUGAUACGAUAGAGUUUGGCACAAACAGUACGGCGUGUUCGUUGUGCCUUGAUACAAAAAAAAAAAAAAUUCUGUUUCACGAGGCACAGGCUCAACCUUUGAUAUCUCUCAACACGAACGGCGAGUUUCACCACGCAGAACCUUCUUAAUAUCAGAAACGACUGUUUGCAAUCAAUGUGCACUGUAAAAAAAACAACAUUUUUUUACCUGUAUACUGUAUUUUGCGCCUCUCUUUCUACUCCUGUGCUGAACUUCCCCUUCUAGAAACUCUUUAAGAUCUGUAAUAUGCUGGAUCGGCCCAGCUCGCCUGGGUUUUUUUUGUGCUUUAUUAUCUACAAUCUAGUAGGGCUGUGGGUUUACAUUUGACGGAGGAAUGAGCCACCAUGGUGCCCAGUAUUAUUUGUACGUGAAACGGGUUGAACAGCCGGCCAGUCGGCGCGGCGUUGAUCUGAGCCUGUCGUUACCAACCACUGUUGCAACUCAAGUGAAACAUUUGUUAUCCGUUCAACCUUCAGUGUCUUUAAUAUCAAAUUUCUUCGAUCAGUUUUUUUGAAUAUCCAAGAAAGAGUGCAUCUUAACUGUCAAGUGCUGUGAUUUGGUGUUUUUUUUAUACAUUUGACAUGAAUUUGACACAGCUAUCGUUGCUAUCUUUAUAAAAACAUUUUUAGCAAGAAAUUUUUCCACAUCUUUUUGUAAUAAGACGAAGAAAGAUCUACAACAACACGACUUUUUUUGCUUUUCUAUGAUUGCGUUUUUUUCAAUGUUGUGGCAUUUUUUUUAAAUUUUGGAUAUUUGCCAAGUCUGCUGUGUCACUCUCAGUUCAAGGGCUUUUUUCAAUAUAUGUAAAUGGAGUAAAAAUGCAUGUCCAACAUUCCUGGAAAAAAUCUGUAUCUUAAGGGUUUGAAUGUAAUUUAAUGGAGUGAAAACCACGAUAUCUCUUUUAAUACAUGAACUGAACAGUGGAACUUAUUUCAGACUCCUGGCGCUGCGCGCGCGGGGAGUUUGUAUUGUCUUCACAUUUCUUUCUUUACGUUCAGAGUGGUCUCAAGGAUUUCACAUUCACGUGUCCUAAUGAAGCGAGACCCAGUCCAGAUGUAGCAGUUUUUGUUAAAGCACUGGCUGUGUUAUCUUUGGGACUGCUCUGUGUCUACUGCACAGUUUUCAAACGGCGCAGGAAAUGAAGCGAUGGAGGGAACGGAGGAGGAGGACGGGGGAUGUUGGUUCUUUUUCUAGUGCAAUAUGCUGUACAUAAGAGCUUGGCUCUCGAAAAUCUUACAAUUUCUCUUAAUUUCUUCUGUUGUUAAAUGGGUACAUUGCUGUUUUUUUUUUCAUUAAAACUUUAUGGACAAUUGAAAA